CCUAAAACCCCUAAAACCCUAAAACCUUCUCUCAUCGCAGCUCGCUUACUUCUCACAUGCGCACUCACCCAGUUGGACGUAAAUUUCGUGAAUGUGACACCGCCGAGACAGAUUUGUCUAAUUACAACACAGAUUUGCACACACGAACAGGGACCGUGUGUCUAGUGGUACGUUCAUGAAGUGAGAUUACACUUCAACGACCAUUACCCAUAUAAAAGGAGCAGUAUACUCGCUUUAAGGGACAUUUUGGAGCAAAAAGUGAUUUACUACUAAAAUCUAUGCGACACAGCUGGACUCAUAGAGGCAAGUUGCUAGAAUAAUGACAUGCCGACUGCGUUCAACAUGUUGAAUAGGGCAUAUGCAGCUCAGGAUAUGACUCAUGCGGUGUCAGAGAAGUCUUGGAGGCACCAGGUCACUACUGCGUUCAACAUGUUGAAUAGGGCAUAUGCAGCUCAGGAUAUGACUCAUGCGGUGUCCGAGAAGUCUUGGAGGCACCAGGUCACUACUGCGUUCAACAUGUUGAAUAGGGCAUAUGCAGCUCAGGAUAUGACUCAUGAGGUGUCAGAGAAAUCUUGGAGGCACCAGGUCAUUACUGCGUUCAACAUGUUGAAUAGGGCAUAUGCAGCUCAGGACAGCGAUGUACUGUAUGAGCUGACGACGGAGAUCAAGCACCGUGCACAUGCAGCCUGGGACGGUGUGUCCCAGAUCACUCAUUGUGAUGUGUCUAGAGAAGCUCUGGGAAAUUCAGGGCAGAAAUUAUCCAAAAGUGGUUGUCCACACAUUGUGUAGAAUACCUGGAGUGGUGAGUCACCCGGUCUGGCGGCAGGUAGUGCGGCACGUCCGCCUGCACAGAUGUUGAAACGGGUGCACAUGCACGAGUGGCAUGUCCCCGGCUGAAAAAUUGGUGCAGUGUUGGUGUGGAGCGCAUGGUGUUGGCGUGCUGGCGGUGUGUGAGGCGGCCGUUCGACAGCCUGACUGUUUCGCGGGUGCAACGGGCAAAAGAGAGUGUGAUGUGGUCAGAGCCUGUACCGAGCUGAGUUAUAGGGUCUAAUCUUAGGGAUCCUGGUCACUUGAUUAAGGAUAACGAACACAGAACUGUCGGACCCUGUGGCACGUAUAUAGUUAAAAUGCCAGCGCCAUUAGACCUUCUGUUUUAUUGAUCGCCGAUGGAAUAAAAAUGUUUCAGCUAGC